CAGUGAUGAAUCAGCUGACAAUGGGGAGGCGUUACUUAUUGAGGUUGUCUGAUGAUGGCACUCUCAUGUCCACAAAUGCAAGCACGAACACAACACAGUCCUUCAUGUCCAAGACUCCAAUCAACAAAUCCCUGGCUUACUUUGAGAUUGAACUCCUUGCAUUUAAACCUCAAUAUGUUAUGGUCGCCAUUGGUCUGGGUGAGUUCCACUUCCAUGCUGACAAGAAGCUUGGGCAAUUUCCUGGAUCCAUCGGCUUCAACUGCGAGAAUGGGAAGGUCCACAUCAAUGGGCUACCUGGGAUAUACACCACUGAACAUCAAAGCUUCAAGUUUGAGACAGGGGAUGUGAUUGGCUGUGGCAUCAACGUGGAGACUGCCAAGUUCAGAACUGACAAAACGCUGAAGAGUCAUCAGAUAUUAGAUGUGUACUUCACCAAGAAUGGAGUCAAGGUCCACCAGACCCGGUUCAACUUCCUGGGGGAUACUUUAUUUCCAUGUGUCUCUUUAUCCCAUGUUGAAUGUAAAGUUCGACUCAUCAGCUUCUACCCUGGCUGCUUCCCCCCUGGAGAAAAGACUCAUGAUGAAUCGACACAGGUUAAAAAAAAGGUGGAGGAAGAGAAGACAGACAAUAUGUCUGAAGGAUGUCAGUUCGUGGUGGUAUCUGUUGGCACGGGGGCUGCAGACGAGAAGGACAAAAUAAAACAGAUCAAAAGCCAGCUCGACCUUGACAAAGACUUGACCUUGAUGUCCGACUUGAAGGUUGAACUACAGAAGCUUGAAAGGAAGCUGGCCUCCCUGGACUUCCAGGGCCAGAACUACUACAGUCGUCUGUGCUGGAACAUGGAGUGUCUGCAGAGAAUCUGUCAACACAAGGACAGAAUCCACUUCAUGUCUGUCAAUGUCAAGUCAGGAGAGGGCUAUGACCAGCUGGUGGAGAAGCUGAUCGACCUCCAUGAGAGUCACUGGAACCACUACCCCUUGCAAUACGACGUCCACACAUUUGUCCAGAAGGGCCUGGAUACCAUCACUGCCAAAGUGACGUCUUGCAGUAUAUUGUGCAAAUCUGAAGAGAUGGGCAAGAAGGCCUUGGGUGGCAGUCAUGAGGUCUACAUUGCAGCAGUGAAGCUGUUACACGCAAUGGGUAGAGUUGUAUAUUUCAAGUAUGAUGCCGAUAUCUAUGCCAUCGACAUGGGUUACCUUGAGAUGCUGUUUGACAAGAUCCUGACUGACAAGGAAGGCAAACCUGACCAGAACGUAACUACAACAGGGGAGGGAACUCUCUUCUGGGCUGCCGAUGCAUUCAACAAAAAGAAGAAUUUCAAGAAUGAACAGGUCCAGGUGGUGAGGCACCUUCUGAUACAGAUGGGGGUUCUGAGACUCCCGUUCCCCAGGACACGCAAGCCUGAUCCUGCCAAUGCAAAAGCCAAACAGCAGUCUGUCACUCAACCCUACUACAACACACCGAUUCAGCAUCUUGUCAACCCUAAUGUCAGAAUGUCUGACUACUGGGCCAAGGGCAAGAGACCUGCAGACAGUGUGUUGAUGUGGAGGACGUACAAGUUUAAGGUGGGGAUGCCGACCGGACUCCUGACUGCGUUGGUGACGCUGUGCUCGCAGUUCUCCCGACUCCAACUGAUGAUGAAAGAAGGAGGAGUUUUCCAGAGUGGAGCUGUUCAGACAACCAUCGUGAAGCACACCGUGGAGAAGGCCGUUGAUGCUCUGACCAUAGAGUGCAAGUGUUUCGUGCCAGACUCUGAUGUUGGCCCAAUCAAUGAUGACACCCGCUACCAUGUUGAAGAAUACACCUGGAACGUGUUCUGUAUCCUAGCAGACGUCAUCGACAGCCAUCUUGACAGCUGUGGGCUGCUUCCAAUCAUCCAAGAAGAAGUUCCCAAGUGGUUUGUCAACGCCUCCAUCGGAUGUACACACGACUGGGGUGACUGGGGCGUGUCUGACUCUCCCCUGGUUCAGAGUAUCUGCACCCUCUGUGACCUUUGCUGUGACCUGGGGUCAGAGUGCAAGUACAACGGCAUCAUGGGACAGUACCUGCGGCAGUGUGAGUGCGGGACUAAAGUGACUGGCUGCAAGUCUUGUGGUAUCUGUAGGAGGUGCGCCCAGCAUCUGUGGGCACUACGCUCCUCACUACGCCCAUGUUGCGAGACGUCGUCGUUGGUGGACGAUGUUGAAGCUCCAUGUCAUGUGGCUCUGGAUGGAGUAGCUUUCAAUGAGGUGGAAUUCAUCAACUUCAAUGGAGUCAAUCACGCAAUAUGUCUCAAGAAACAUGGAGAUUCCUCUGAGGAUUUGAUCCAGGUGUUGCCCGGCGCGGCACACAUGACCAAGUGGAACGACAUUGCCCGCAACAAAAAAAACGUCAAGACCCAUCAGGUGCUGGUGGGAGACCGAGUGAAAAUCUCAUUGCAUCACAUUCAGAAGCACGAGUCUCAGCAGCAGGAAGAGGGGCAGGAUGAGGAGGCCAUCUUGGACAUCCAUCCGGUCUACCAUGCACUGACCUGCCACGGUGUGCGUGUCUGCCACGACACAGGAGUAGUUUGCUAUGACAGCUCUAAUGGAAAAGUGGGACAGUUUGUUUCCUCCAAACCUCUCAGCCUGGACUGUAAUUCCUUCUCUAUAAGAAUUCUGAAUCCUGGUAAGAAAUGCAGCAUAUCCAUUGGCCUUGUUGGGAAGUACUACAAGAAAACCGUGAUGCCUGGCAUGGAGGCCGUGUCGGCAGCCUACUCUGCUGAAGGACUGGUAUGUGUGUCAAGUCCAGGAAAAAAGGAAAUAAAAGCAGACAAAGCUCUUGAGGGACAGACCCUUUCCUGUUCCUUUGACAUAGAGGAGCAGGUGGUCACCUUCUGUAUAGACAACAAACAGGUUCACAAGACUGACCAGGUCCAGGUUCCACCCGGUGGCUUUCUGCCUGUUGUGGCUCUCAAAACUGAGGGUGAGGCGGUCAAGCUGCUUGACCUUGACCCCUGGAUGCUGAGACAAGGGGAGACCCCCACCACCGACUCCCAGGCCUUUGAUACAUAUAAGUAUGGCAACUUGUGGAUCAGUCCAGGUCACAGGCUGUGCAUCCAGAAGACACAGACAAACAUGUUUGGAGGCUGGAUCAUCCUGCACAACCCCAGCAAUGACCUCAUAGGAUACGUGAUCACCACUGAGCCAAUGUCCAUGGAGUUUAUCAAUCAACUGGAGCCUGACAAGACCAAGCCUAUCAGGAUCAGCGCUGGCGCUUCUGGCAGCUUCAGUAAAGUGACCAGCAUGGAAGUCAUCUGGUUUACUUUGGACUCGGGGAAGAAGUAUACAGCAACAGAAAUAAAGAAAUAUCUCUCUACCUUGACCUCAGAGAGUUAUCAUGGACACUUGCUGAAGGUCAAGAUCGAAGAGAGCAAGUCAUCAGCCAUUGUCAACUUGACGAGAGCGGCUCAAGCCAAACCACACAAGAUGGACAUGUACGAGCUCCACGUCAGCAUUAACGGAAGUCUGCUGGACCGAUACUACCUAAGGGGAGGUAACUACAGCUGCUUGCUGCCUCACGUUGACGACUCCAGGGCACCUGACGUCAUGCUCUACCACCCUCGCCGCCCGACAUUUGACCAGCCAGGUGUGUUGCAGAGGGGAGCAAGAGUUAUAGCACAACCAGUCAAGGAUCAGUACAUGGAGUGUGUCAUCAAGUCUCUCUCCACUGACAACACCAAGUUGUCACUGGAGUUUUCACCCAAAGAUUCAAACUGCAAUGAAGAGUUGGACAUGACAUCAAUUAAGGAGAUUCAGCUGGAGAAGAUUCCCCUGAAGGCUGUUGAGAUACCGGUUGAAGAUGGGGAUGACAAGAAGGAAGACACUACAACGGAAGAUAAGCCUAAACCGAAGGUCCAAAUGAAAGCUGACAUUGACAUACAGGGAUUUGAAUCCAGAGAAAACAUGGUUGCGGAUAAGCGACCAUACAUGUUCCCCCCGUCGUUCCUGCUGACAAAAGCUAGUCGCCAGGCCAUCGAUGCCCUGGACCCUGACUGGAAGCUUCGGUCACUAGUGUCUGUGGCCAGAUGCAGCACAAGACCCACCAGGAUCACAGUGCAAGAACUGCAGAUCACUGAACACGCGAGGACGUUGGCUGAUUGGAAUGUUGGAGAAACAAGUGUUGUAGAAAAAGCCUACAUCUUCCUCCCCUCGGGCCUGGACUUCCACAAAUUACUCUACUCACCAGUCCUUCACUUGUUCAAGGACCUCCAGGUGCACAGACUCUGUCUGCUCCGAGAUCAGGUGUUUGUUCGACACAAGGUGGAAGACCGGAAGAUGAGCUUGGACAUCCCCAUCCAUCUGGUGAACAUCCCUCCCCUCACUCCCCAACCCAGCCUCCCAACUGACCUCAUGUUUGCCUCCCACAACUCAGGCUGGGCAUACACUGCUCUCAUUGCCACCAAGCUGAUCCUGCCUGUGUUUGACAAGAUCCUCUCAGGAAUGAAACCAGAUGCUUCAAGACAGCAGGUGGAGAAUCAGUUAACCUCACUUCUGAAGGUAUACACCGCCCAGUGUCACAUCUUUGCAGAGCAGCGAGGAGCUAUGUAUUCCCAGCAAGGCUCCAACUCCCAUCCAGAAGAUAUCGAGAAGAGUAUCCCCGACUCAGACUCUUAUCGGCAGGACUUCAAGGGUGAACUGUUUGAAGACCCAUCUUUGCUGAUGGUCAAAAAGAAAAACAUGUUCUGUAAGGGUCACCAGUUGUCAAUGAAGACAACCGAAAUCUUUGAUCCUGAAGAGGCGAAGCAAUUACUUUAUGACCACAAGUACUUUGAACCUUACAAUGAAACUGUCAACUAUUUCCACAGAGAGUUACCAAAUCAGAAGAGCCUCCCGGAUGACUUCUUCUCCAGGUUCUCCAACCUGCAAUAUCUUGUUCUGGAGAACUGUCACAACCUGCAGUCGAUACCCAAUGGUGUGUCUGGGUGUGCUCAACUCCAAGCAAUCAUUCUUCAAAAUGGCGCCAUGAAGCAAAUUCCUGAAGACCUGUUCCUGGUUCCUCGCAUGGAGCAGCUGACCCUCCACCGACUGCCGCUGACCACCUUGCCGUCCAAGUGGCCGACCACCUCGCACCUCACCCAGCUGUCACUGACCGGGCUCAUGAUCACCAGGAUUCCUCCUGAGAUCUGCAAAUUCCCCGAGCUCACUCACCUUGACCUCAGCUCCAACCCUCUCACUGAUGUUCCACACGACUUCAGGAAGCUGCAGAAACUGAAGUACUUGAACCUGUCAGGGAUGCCCUGGUUAGUCCCAACGUCAUCUCAGUUGACAUCUGGCUUCAAGUGGGAUGGAUUUAAAGACUGGUGUUCCCUCCACUCCUAUGUGCACACGUUCCUGGACAAACAGGACAUAAAGCAGCAGUUUGAUAACUAUGACUUAAACAGAAACGGGAAGCUGGAUGCAGCGGAGUUGUCUGCCCUGAAUGCAGAGUUGUUCUGGAACAUUCCCCGUCUCGGCUCCCAGUGUAUCACUGACGAGGAGUUUGGAGGCAUCCCACCAGCUGUGUUCCAGCUGCAUACCCUGGAGACCCUGGUCCUGAACUUCACGGCCAUCACGCAGGUACCCAUGCACAUGUGCCGCCUCGUCAAGCUCCAGAACCUUGACCUCAACAAUAACCCACUGAUGGAGAGUCUCCCAGGCUCGCUCGGACAUAUGCCCAACUUGGCACGGUUAAAUCUUUCCCGCUGUCCCUCCUUGAGAACACCCCCGAAUGAGGUUGUGAGCCGAGGCUUCGAGUCAGUCAAGGCGUAUCUGAAACGUCUCUCUGGUGGCUUCACGGUCUGCCGCCGGACCAAGUUGAUGCUGGUUGGGCUCGGGGGAGCCGGCAAAACAAGCCUCCUGAAAGCCCUGAUGGAUGCAAACAAGAAGACAAAAGGGACAAGUGGGGAAAACGUCACAGACGGGAUUGCAAUUCAGCCAUGGACUGUCACCACGCCAGAGCAGAUUGAAGUGACAUACAGUGCCUGGGACUUCGCAGGUCAAACGUUAUACUACAAUACACAUCAGUUUUUCCUGUCCAAGCGAGCUGUGUACAUGCUUCUGUGGUCGACACGCCAGGGUUUUGAACAUGCCGGCCUGGACUUCUGGCUCAGCUCCAUCGCCUGCCACGCCCCCAAGACACCCAUCUUUAUAGUGGGCACCCACUGUGAUCAGGUUCCUAAAGCAGACAUCCCAAUGGCAGAGCUCACCAAAACAUACCCACAGAUUGCAGGCUUUCAUUUUGUCAGCUCCAUUGAAGGAACAGGCGUGGCUGAGCUGGAGAAGCAGCUGCUGAAGGUCACCUUGGAGCAGAAGAACAUGGGGGAGAAGAUACCGCAAGUCUGGCUGAAAAUGGAGACGAUGAUAUUGGAUGCCCGGGACCAGAACAGCAUCAUGGACUGGUCUGUCAUCAAGGAGUAUGGCAUGGGGGUCGGCAUCUACGACGAUAAAGAUAUCAAGGAGGCAAUUGAGUUCCUUCAUGAGCUUGGUUCUGUGCAGUAUUUUGACAAUGAGUUCCUGAGGCACAAAGUUGUCAUCAACCCGCAGUGGAUUGUGGAUGUCAUGGCCUGCGUGGUCUCCGUCAAAAACUCCCCAAUCAAGGACGAAGAAGGUCGUUUCCACCACAAGCACAUCAGCGAUGUGUGGAAGGAGUAUCCCCCCUCACUACACAAAUGGCUGCUGCAGUUGACUGAGGAGUUUGACCUGACUUUCCCACUGCCUAAAGAACCGGUGAACGUUGUGCCCUGCCUCCUGCCGCCAGAAGAACCAGCAGAGCUCAAUUGGCCUUUGAUUCCAAGAAAUUCCGAUGUCAGGCAGACCAAGAUGAUGUACAAGUUCUCCUACCUUCCAGCUGGACUGUUUAACAGAGUUCAGGUUCGACUGUUCCAGUUUUCAGACGGCAAAUUCAUCUGGAAGCGUGGCUCUCUCCUGAAGAAGAACAACCACCUCGCCCUCAUCAGACAGAUCAGUAACUUUGAAGUGAUUGUGUGGGUCCAAGGCCAACGCCCAGAAAACAUUCUGUUCCUGAUUCAUGAAGUCUUUGAGAGUCUCAUCGAGGAAUCUUUCCAUGGCGUUGUGUAUGACUUCCUGGUGCCAUGCCCCGACUGCAUUAUGAAAGAGGGAUGCUUGGAACCCAGUUUGUUUGACUCUGAGCUGGUCUAUGCAGCCAAGGAUCAUAAAGCCCCAUUUCUCCAGUGCCGCAAAUACUUCCACACCAUCUCAAUGUCGCAGUUGAUGGAAAACAUGCCCAACACCCACGCCGGCGACUUCGACGCCCACCUCCAGCACAGCCUGAUGAUGCUGCAGGAACUGAACUCCGCCCUCACCACGGACGUCGCUGUCCUGUACUCCGCCUCCGAUGUGCCGGCGCCCCGAGAUCCUGCAGAGAAGAUCAACCCUUUCUGGGUGAAGGAAGAUGUGCAGGCUGUGGGACUGUCAGUGUGGUUCUGCGAGGACAUGCUUAAUGCCAGUAUCCAGGACUUAAUGUUGGCCCUCAAGAACUGCAAGGUGGUGGUGGCUCUGGUCUCCGACAACUUUGAGAAGGAUGAGAAAUGUCGAGACUUGAUGCUGUACACGAUGAACACCCUCCACAAAGACUAUGUCAUCUUGACCAUUGGCGGUGGCAUGAGCUGGCAGAACACUGACUUGGGCAUGAGGAUCGGCAAGCAGGAGCUGAUGGUGAUGGCAAAGAACAAGUCGCGAUACAGAGACAAGGUCAAGGAACUCCAGAAGUUGGUGCAGCAAAAGCUGAGAGGAAUACAGACCAAGAGCAAGGAGUACCCCUUGUGUUUCAUCAGCUACUGUUGGUGCAACUCUAAGGAUGCUGUUUCACAGGGCACAAAAGCUCGGCCUGGCUCUAUGGGGUGGGGAGACCCUCGGAGCCUCAAGAAAUACUUGGAAAGUAACGGUGUUUCUACCUGGAUUGACCAUGAGCAGAUGGUCACGGGUAAAGGGCUGUUUGAAAACAUAACUCAAGGAAUGCGCUAUGCUAAAGUGAUGGUUGCCUGUGUGUCAGACGAGUAUGCUGAAUCUGCGAACUGUAUGAUGGAGCUGAGAUUUGGAGUGCUGAAUCUGAAUCUUCCCCUCAUCCUGGCCGUGGUGGGGUCUGGCAGUGAGUGGAUGUACAUGGAGGCGGGGGCGCUGGCUCAGAGAGCCAAGGCUGACCGAGUCCAUUUCCAGGAGGAGAGCUCCACUGCUUACUCUAGCCUGCUGAAGCUGGUGAAGCAGCAGUUGCCACAGAAAGCUGGAGAAUCCUCUGUGAAGAAGGAGGUGAUGAAGCAAGAGAUGAGAGACAUGCAGAAGGCCGCCAUUAGCCAGAACAACAUCAGGUUCCAGGAAGAGUAUGAACUGACUCAGCGUCGUUUCAUGCGUCACAUCAUCACCUUCGUCAGCAACAUGGACACUACCCCGAUGCCCAGACUUGCUGUCAUCGACUUUGACAGGAAGCCUUUAUCAAAACAGACAGAGAGCUCGGAGUCAACGUCUAGUCAGUCUUCUCGUCCAAAAUCUUCUCGACCAAGGACAGCAUCAAGGAUCCGUGAACGCAUCGAGAUGGUCAACCCAGACCUGCAGAACUGGGAGUCGGACAGCUUCUGUCUUCUGCUGCUAUGCGAGUAUGAAGAGGGUUGGCAUCUGUGUGACCAGUCAUUUCCUUUAACAAAGACGGAGGAGUUUGUCAGUCAGAUAAAGAAGGUGUCUCCCUACCUGGCUCGCAUCUACGCCAUCCUGCGGCAGAGUUCCAUGCAGCUCAACUGUCUGAGUGGAGACACCGGCAAGCAGUUCCUGGACUGGGUGGAGCAGGAGGCCCAAGGUUCUGAUUUCUUGGAGGCGUAUGAAGACAUGCGGGUCUUCAUCAAUGACAGCAUGAAACUUCGGCAGAAGGAAGUGUGGCAAACAUUCAUCAGCCAGUUGUGCAGGUGUCAUCUGCCGAGCGGUAAGGUGUUCUGGCUUUGCAAGAAGCAUCAGUCUGGGCCUCGGAUCACAAAACUGAGUCAGGAUACUGGAUCUCGGGUCAACCAGAGGAAGGUCAUAUUUGAGGAUGCCAUUCUCCUGAAGGAGCUGAUUGAGAAAUCUGAAGUUUACCAGAAGAAGAAAGUGGAGAAAUCCAACAUAAAACAGCUGGAACCUACACCAACACCUGAGGAAAAUACCAAGCUUCAAGGAAAGCAAAAUGCCAAGGAGGCUAAACAACAGGACCCAAAAGCAGGACGUGAGGAUGAGGACAAGUCAGGACAAACCAGUCAAUCACCUGAAGACAGAACACAGUCUGAUGCCCCUACACCAGGGGCAGGUAACCCUGCCAGUCAGAAGCUUUCCUCUGUACAAUCAAAGGCAAACCUCCCACCUGCAAAAAAACAAGAGCCUCCAACCUCGACAAAACAAGAGCCUCCAACCUCGACAAAACAAGAGCCUCCACCCUCAACAACACAAGAGCCCCCACCCUCAACAACACAACAGCCCUUGCCCUCAACAACAAAACAAGCCCCCAAACAGGAAACAGCAUCUAAACAAGCAGCCCCAAGCAAAACCAAGGACAAACCAUCACAGAAGUCAUCAGGAAAAGAAAGUAGGAACGUUGAGAGCAAGGCGUGUUCUCUACAGUAAAAGGCUCCACUAACAGUGCUUGGUUUACACCGUGUCACUGCAGCUCAGGAACAAUCAACAACCCAAUCAAUAUUUUAGGCUUAAAAAAAUAAAGAAUUGGUUCUCAGACAAUGUUUUUU